CACUUCCUUGCUAGCCAGAGACUCAGCCCCAGUGUCUCCAGUCUUACAGGAGCAGCGUGUCCAGCCGCAGCAGAUCCCAUCUCUGUCUUCACACAGCACCUGGCGGGGAGUCAGCCAUCAGAAGCAAAGUGAACGAAUGGGCAGAGCAGAACUUCUAGGAGGGAACAUGAGUACCCGGGAUCCCUCAGAGCUGUGGGGCAGAGCAGAUGGAGGCACAGACCUGCUCCAGGAUUUGGGGUGGUAUCACGGCAACCUCACCCGCCAUGCUGCUGAGGCUCUUCUGCUCUCCAAUGGACGCGACGGUAGCUACCUGUUGAGGGACAGCAAUGAGCAGAUUGGGCUCUACUCUCUCUCCGUGAGAGCCAAAGACUCUGUCAAACAUUUUCAUGUUGAAUAUACUGGUUACUCCUUAAAAUUUGGUUUUAAUGAAUAUUCAUCUUUAAAGGAUUUUGUCAAGCAUUUUGCAAAUCAACCUUUGAUUGGAAGCGAGACAGGGACUCUGAUUGUUUUGAAGCACCCCUACCCAAGGCAAGUGGAAGAACCUGCCAUCUAUGAAUCAGUCCGGGUUCACACAGCGAUGCAGACAGGAAGAACGGAGAACGACCUCGUGCCCACUGCGCCCUCUCUGGGCACCAAAGAAGGCUAUCUCACCAAGCAGGGAGGUCUGGUAAAGACCUGGAAAACAAGAUGGUUCACUUUGCAAAGGAAUGAACUGAAAUAUUUCAAAGACCAGAUGUCACCAGAACCAAUUCGGAUUCUAGACCUAACAGAGUGCUCAGCUGUUCAAUUCGAUUACUCACAGGAACGAGUAAACUGUUUCUGCUUAGUGUUUCCAUUCAGGACAUUUUAUCUCUGUGCAAAGACAGGAGUUGAAGCUGAUGAAUGGAUCAAAAUCCUGCGAUGGAAGCUGUCAAAAAUAAGAAAACAGCUGGAUCAAGGAGAAGACACCGUCCGAUCUCGGUCAUUUAUCUUCAAAUAGAACUUUCUUGCUCAGGGGCAAGGUUGACUGUUCCAAGUGUCUGAUCUAUGGCAGACUUCAGAGGAAAGCUCAUUGAAGUAUUUCCUCUAAAAACAAAUCAAAAGUAGAUCCUGGUUGGGAGCUGUAUGCGGUUUGCUGAUUCGUGGAAUACAGCUGGCGGGACCUGGCCAUCUGCUCGAACACACAGACUCGGCACCCUGCUGAUGGCUACUACCUAACGUCCAGGUGGAGCCACUCUCGGACACAGCGCCAGACAAGAGCUCGUUGGCUGUCCCAGUGACUUAGGCUUGUGGACUUUAGUUUCAUGGAGUCCCGCCCCACGUCACGGUCAACACAGCUGAACUUCAGUAAAUGCUACAAGCAGCAAGCAAACGUCAGUGCAUCGGGGAGCUCAGGGUGUGCUGUCAGGAAGCAGAUUAAGACAAUAAACACCGAGGACGUUCAAAGGAUGGGUUGCUCUUGUUUUGUUUAUAUACGACAACCUCAAGUAGAGCUGAAGAGGUGGCCUGGCCAUUAAAAGUGCAUCCGCUCUCUCAAAGAGAACCUGAAUUCAGUUUCCAGGACCCAUACCCCAUACCGUAUCCUGGGGCUCAAAAAUGCCUGCCUGUAUGCCUGUAACUUCAGACACACACACACACACACACACACACACACCUCUUUUAAAAGGCUUACAGCACACACACACAUACCUUUUAAAAGGCUGGAGAGAUGGCUUGGUAAGCCAUCUUAGCAUUUCCCACGCCAGGCUUGACAACCUAAGUGGAAAUCCCCAAAACUCACACAAAGGGAGGAGAGAAGCAACUCCACAAAGUUGUUCUCUGAUCUCUACACGUAUGACCCAGCAUGUAUGGUCCACAUAACACACACACACACACAAUACAAAUCCAGUGGAUCCUUCCCAUCUAAUGAUAAACUGAAAACUACACGUCUUGUGGGUGACUAGGUAGGGAAAAGUAUAUGAAUGUAUAAUAAAGGGUAGGAAUGUGUUAAACAGUAAGGAAAUGCACACUGAGAAGGGUGGUUGUGAGUGACUUUUAGUUUAAUGGUUAUCAUUACAAAUAUAAGCACUAAUUAAAACUCUAGCUGUCAUUUCUUCAAAUUCAUUUGGACUUCUCCAUAAAGGAUAUGCUCUCUUUUCCAAGGGUCUGCUGUCUGAGAUUGGCCCUAUGAGGUACCCAAACAUUAUUAAAGGGCACCUUCUGUUCCCAAGGAUGGGGCUAAAUCAAAUCUUUGUGAAAUCCAUAGUACACAGCUGUUGCAAACUAGAAGACCAGGACUGAGUUGCAAUGACAAACUGGUGUUCAGAGGUCAUGAACAGAUUUUUUUUUUUUAACUUCUAAUCAUUAUUGAUCUGGCUUUUUUGUUGUUGUUAGAAGGGACACAAAUAGGUGCUAAGCCAGCCAGUGGUGCAGAGCUGAUGGGACUCUGUUCUUGUGGUAGAAAGGGGCAAUGGUUUCCACUUUUGUCAGGGUGACCAAGGUGCUUGAGCCAACAAUUUACAGAAAUGAUUGAUUCACUUUACUCUGUGGUUCUAAGACAUUUCUGCCCACUGCCCACAUACUUAAAAUGUAUGGCUUUUAUUUUCUUAGAGACAAUAAUCUUUCUUUCCAUACUAAAUAUUCUAUUUUCCUUUUGUAAAAUACGUUUAUUUAUAUCCUUUGGUUCUGUUCAUUAAAUGAAAAAUGCAUGA